CCACAACAACAACACACACAGCCUUAAUAUGAAAAGGUUUGGAUUAGUAGAUACGCCAAGAAAACAAGAGAAACACUUACCACCAGUAGAUGUCAAAGUCAAUGAUGCACCUGUCUUCUUUAUCGGUCCAGCCAGUCGUGAAAAUCCCAUGUCACAAAUACGAACCAAGUUGAUGGGUCAUGUGUCUUUUCAUGAUCCCAAGAUCAAGUGGAAUCGCAUCACUUUACAGUUUGUUGGCAAGGCAGGACUUCAUAUGGAUGUACCCACAAGUACACUUCCACCCAAGGAAUUUGGCAGCGGUCUAGGUGAAGAGGCCAUCGUUAGUAACAAUGCUAUGACUCGCCUGGAAACGACAGUCAAGUUAUGUGAAGUGGAGAAGGAACUGAUAUUUAUCUCGGGUGAAAAGACAAUUGAAUUUGGACUCCAUUUACCUCAUCAUUUACCACCAUCGAUCAAAACCGACCAUGCAUUUGUAGAAUAUCAUCUUGUUGCCAUCUUCUCUGCAGGCUCAUUCUUCAAGAAAUACAGGAUUCAACGUACCGUUACCUUAUGUCGUCAUUAUUUACCAAGUGCUAGUGCUCUGAUUCCAAGUAUUGAAUACAAUGGUGUACGUGAAUGGUUUGAAUGGUCUGCUGAAGUUCCCAAGGCAAUGGCUAUAGAGACAGGUGAAGUUGUUCUUGCUUUACGUUGGAGCGUGGAGAAGGAGAGGGUGGAAGUGGAUCGCAUUGAAUUAUCUUUACAUGAAUUGGAGAACUAUAGAUUCAAUACCAAAACUGGUCUUCAUAACCUCAAACCAAUCAUCACCAAAUUCCCAGUAUCUGUAUAUCAUCCGCCAUCAUUCAGCAAUAGUUCAGAAACACAUUUCAUUCGUACACCAUUGAUGUCUCAAGUACGUACGCAUCACUUUGAUCCUUUUUUGGAAAUCACUCAUCGUCUACGCAUGGUGAUUCAUUUCGCCGAUCAGACAACACAUGCAAAACCAUUGACCUUGGAAUUCCCGAUCAUCAUCACUGAUUACCCAAAGGACGGCUCUUGUCCGACAAAUAUCUCACCAACAUCUUCUACACCAAUAACUACAAAUGCCAACAAUACUCCUAUAUCUUCUACGUCUUCUACUACUACCAUGAUGAACAAUGUCGUUUUACCCACUGGCGGUGAUGAUGCUGUUGCCGUGGAUUUAGAUUUGCCCGAAUAUACGCCUCAAUAUUAUGAACAUGAAUUGACUUUGCAAUGAUUAAUUGAUCCCUGUCUUACUAUGUCUCUUCCAUUCUUCAUAGUUUAGAUUUUUGUUUGUAUUUUUUUUUCUUGUAUAU